CUACCAUACAAGGCACCAGAAUGUCCCUUGCGACACUCCUCUCCAUGAUCUGUGUGAUUGUUUUUCUUCCACAACAAGCCAACGGCCAGCAAAUAUGGCAGCAGAUCAACUUAUCCCCGGUCUGCUUUUUUGCCUCAGGACAAAAACCUGGCGAUUUCCAGUAUGUCGGUGAUGGGAGGCUUGUUGCUGCAAUAAAACUUGUUUAUCGCAGCGGGCUUGUAAGAUGUGAAAGGAACACCGCCUAUAAUAGUCGCUGGGGUUGCUAUCACCAUAAUGGUUACGUUAAGAACCCGCUAAAUGUCGUGAUAACAGAUCGACAAGAUAACAUACUUUUUCCUCAGGAGAAGUUCAUUAAAAAUGCCGGCCUUUGGUACUAUCUUCCAUUCACUGACGCUCUUCAUUCCAAUGAACUUGUGUUCACCAACUAUGAGAGCCCAUUUUAUCUCCCAAAGAAUGCCAUUAUGAAAAUCUGGUACGGAGAAGACUUGAGAAAUUGGCGAAACCACGACAACGGUGGAAGGGUCUGUGUGGAUGUGUACGGACACCUGCAGUAAAUAGCAGAGCCUAUUUAACUGACUUCAUUAGUGCUUCAAAUAUCAAACUGUUCAUUUAAAAAAAAAUUUUAAUUUAAACCUACAGUUGAAAAUAAAUAAUUCUACCGUGCGAUACAAAGCAACGAUUUCAAUUUAAAUGUAGUCAAAGCAUGUGGUCAGAGUAAAUAAAAUUCAUCACAAAUCUUG